CUGACUCGUGCAUCAAAGCAUGUCUUAGAGCAGCUGCCAUGCUAGCUGUCUCCGGAGAUUGUACAUUGAAGCAAAGCAAAUCCUCAAGAGCUGGUCUUCAAAUGCAAGUUGGACGAUUUCACAGGUGGAUGUCUGACGUAAAUUUAGCUAGAUUCAUACACGAGUACGCAGCAGUAUAUCUUUGCGCAGGAAUCGAGAAUCUUUUAGAAGAAAUUCUUCUGCAAUGCUUACCAAGUGAUUCUGAUGCGAAUUUAACUGCUACGCUACUGGAACAUGCCAUAGCUAAUAAUGGGGAUUUGUGGGGACUUUUACAACCUUAUGCUCAUCUUAAUGCUGGUAGAAUUGCUUCAGGUGCUCUUUCUUUACCUCGAUGGGCGUCAGUUUCCUCCGUAGGAAAUUCCAGCCGAGAUUCUGGAAGAACCUCGAGCCUCCCAGAGCCAUCCUUAAUGACAACUUGCGUCGGAUCUUUACAGGAACUACAAGACCUAAUUAGCCGAAUGAAACCUAGAAUACCGUUGUGUCCUAAAGCAAUACGAACUCUAUUCUAUUUUAUGAGAUGUUCUCAAUUGGAGCAUGGCGACCAAAGUAAUGGACACGCAGUCCAAGAAUUAUGUUAUGAACGUGCCUACGUAGUACUUCCACCACUUGUAGAAUGGCUACGAGUUGCUACAGCUCACGGAGAGCAUCGUUUUGCAGCUAUUCUGGAUAAAGACGAUAUCAUGCAAGCUGCAAGGCUAUUGCUGCCUGGAGUCGAUUGUCCAGUACGAUCAUUGGGUGAAGAAGCGGUGAGGGUGAGGAAAAAUACGGGCAGUGAGGAGGACCAUGUUGAGGCUACGAAUCAAAUUCAGGUGGAACUUGCAUUUCGCCUCAUGCUCACUGGCCGUCCAGAAUUGAUCCAGCAAGCAAUACAUCUUCUUCCAGUUUGCUCUCGCCUGGAUACUCUAAAUACACAAGGACACACUGCAUUAAUGCUUGCAGCUAUCCACAAUGACGAUACUACAUUAUCAGCGCUUCUUGACGCUGGAGCUUCACUAGAUACAGAAACACCACCACCUUCAACUCCUCAUUUCGUAGCUGUCAAUGGAGAAAAUCAGCAUUGGACAGCACUAACUUAUGCUGCAGCUAAAGGUCAUGUGAGGUGCACUAGAAUUUUGCUGGAGCGAGGAGCUAGCGUCGAGGGAGGAGCUGUUGCCAGCGAGGAAAAAAUUACUCUAACACCAUUACAGGUGGCUUGUGGCAGUGGUAACGUUGACAUAGUAUCCCUUCUUUGUGCCCACGGUGCUCAGCCUUUUUUUUCCACGCAAAUCAAAGAUACACUCAGCUACUCAGCAUCUACCCAGCGUGGUUGCUAUAGUGCCAUAUCAGUAGCAGCUGCGCAUGGUCACAGAGUUGUUCUUCAGAAAUUGCUGGCGCAACCUUUGUCUCCUGUAAAUAAAGAGGUUUUGAGCCUGGAAGAAAUGUUGGCUGAAGGUAAGUGUAUUUAUUCAAGGUUCAAGACAUUUUUCACCAAAACUCCAGACACUUUGAGAAAUAUUCUUAGGAACAAAAAUUCAUAA